AUGACGCCGCGCUCCACAAAACAGAGUGGCUUGGCUUCAUUAGCGUGUACCGAGUGUCGCAAACAACAUCUGAAAUGUGACGCGCGGAAGCCGACAUGCUCUCGUUGCUUGCAAAAUGAGUACUUCUGCCAGUACCUCCCUUCGCGACGCGGCGGCCGCAGGAAAACCCGGGAGCCCAAUCGCCGAGCUUCUUUUUGUCCAAAUGACCAAAUCGACACAUCUCUUAUUGCCCCUGUGGCCGCACUUGGACAAACUAAUACGCCUGACAAGCUGUCCCGCGACUCAUGGUAUCAUGACGACCGCUUCUUACGGUUAUUUUACGAAAACUUCCAUGUUGCGCAUCCAAUCCUGGUUCCUAGCGGCUUAUACCGCGACCGGCAGUAUCCUGACUUCCUUCAAAUGGUGGUGAACUUUGUUGGAUCCCAUUAUAUCUCGUCGAGUCCAAUUCAACAAUACAAAGAAAAGGUGAUUGCAGAGCUCAGUUGCAGCACAGAUCGAUCGCCCUGCAUGGUUCAAGCGUGGCUUAUCUACUCAAUUGCCAUUUACGCCCGAGGCGAAUGGCAGGAGGCACAGGAUGCAUUCUCACGUAGUGUGGAAAUAGCUUUGGAGUUGGGCAUGAAUCGGCGGGAUUUUGCUGCAUCCUCACAGCCAGAAACCUCCAUCGAGGCUGAAAGCAUGCGAAGGACUUGGUGGGAGCUAUACAUCACAGACGUAUUCAUGGCAGCACCCUUUAAACACACGACAUUUCAAUGCAGCACGAUGGCACCGGAAGUUGCUCUCCCUUGUGAGGAUUCGGCAUACACGGGUACAUGCGAGAUCCCAAUUCCCCGCAAGAUUCUUGAUUUCAAGCGAAGGGUCUUUUCGCCCGAUGAGACAGUCUUCUCGUCCUCCAGUUACCGCAUUGAGGCAGUAACAAUCUUAUGUCGUGCUCUUGUGCUGAAUGGCCUUCGGGACUAUCAUCGAGAUCAUCUGCAAGCCGUCGAGAACGCUCUUGUCAGUUGGAUCAAUCACUUACCUUCCAAAAAGUUGGAUAUUGUCGAUUCAUAUGGAAACAUCGAUGAGAUGAUGUUUCAAGCACACAUGACUAUCGCCUAUGCUACAAUGCUCCUUCACCUACCCCGAAGCGAUCUACAACCUGUUUUGUCACAAUCAGAUGAUCAAUUCUGGCCCGUUGCCACGCGCCAUCUAGCAUCAACACUUAACCGCUCAAUUCACAGUAUAAAGGCCACCGAAGCCUCUCGACGUCUAUCAGACGCAAUCUCGCUUUGUCCCAACGUCCCGAAACAUACCCCUUUCGCCAUCCCAGCAUUAGCUCUCUGCGGCAUGAUCCAGCUUGCCACCUCUAUCAAGCACAAUGAGGAGUGCUUUGAUCAUCAUUACAACCGUGUCACUCUCAUUCUGGGGUGUUUGAAAAGUACAAAGCGAAUCUGGAACCUAGCGGAUGCCGCCUAUGAUCAUUUAAGAGCCUCCGCGGCAGAUAACCUGUCUGACUCUAUGGAACGCUGGUGCACGGAACCUCCCAGGAAGCUUUUCCCAUCGGAUUCGACACCAAGUAACACAGAACGCCCUAACCAGCCUGUACGACCAAUUUCGGCAAUGUCGGAUGGUCAGGAAAUGUUGUUUCCUCCCCUUGUGUCGGCCUUCGUUGAUCCGACUUGUUACAACGAUUCGUUCUUCACUUCCCUCCCCGACUUCGAUAUCCACUGA